CACAAGGAAUAGCAGCUCCGGCGCCCGGCCGCGAAAGCAACAUCUUUGUGCCCAGUCCCAGUUUCUCUCCCGUGGCUGCAGUACCCAGGCUGUCUCCUACCUCAGGCGGCCUAACUCCUUUACUGGGCCGCCGCUGAUUUUCUCUUCCGCCUUCCUGGAGGUUGCUCUCUUCAGGGCCGACAUGGUGCAUUAGGGAGGGGAUGUGGAGCUGGUGUUUGUACUGCCUACACCAGCCGUAAGCAAUCGAGCUGCUGCAGGGGCGUUCUCAGGCAACAGCUGGAACCUAACCUCCGUUUUGCAUCCAAAUGAAUGCAGCACUUCACCCUGCAGAUCGACUGCUUUGUGAAUGUAGCAAGCCUGGGCCACAGACUUUGUACGUUUGAAGAAUGGCAGAUGGUCUUGGGGACAAGCCAAUGGAGGCAGAUAAUGGGACUAAUACACUUAAACCCCCACAGAUGGGUUUGAAACUAGUACAUCUGGAUUUGAAAGGAGCCCCACCCAAGGUCUCCUAUCUAGCAGAGAUCUUUCCUCUGCUUUCCCACCUUGGUGCAGAUGGUAUUUUACUGGAGUAUGAAGAUAUGUUUCCAUAUGAGGGGAAGCUGCAGGUGUUAAGGUCUCCAAAUGCCUACAGUCCAUCAGAAAUCAGAGAAAUCAUGAAUCUUGCCAGAGUGCUUCAUUUAGAAGUAAUUCCAUUAGUGCAAACCAUUGGCCACAUGGAGUUUGUGCUGAAACAUAAAAUGUUUUCCCAUCUUCGCGAAAUGAAAGAGUUUCCUAACAGUCUCAUACCUUGUAAGAAGGAGUCCGUGGACCUAGUAAAAUCCAUGAUUGACCAGAUCAUGGCAGUACAUAAAGACUUAAAAUGGCUGCACGUUGGAUCUGAUGAGGUUUAUCAUCUUGGUGAAAGUGAAGAAUCUAAGAAAUUGCUUGCACAAACCCAAAAUACUGCAGACAGCCUGUUUCUGUCUCAUGUGAAAGCUGUUGCAAAUUACAUCGUCACUAGCUACCCUAAUGUGAAACCCAUCAUUUGGGAUGACAUGCUCCGGAACAUCAGUGAAGAGAAACUUAAAGAAUCCAUGUUGAGUCAAUUUGUUGAACUGAUGAUUUGGGAAUAUAAUGCCAAUUUUAAGGUAGAUGGCAUGAUGCUUCAAAUUCAAAAAUACCAACGGUCUGGAUUUUCUCAUAUGUGGUUUGCAAGUGCGUUUAAAGGAGCCACUGGUGCAGCUCAGUCUCUAACACCCAUUAGCUAUCACUUAGCCAAUCACCUGCAGUGGCUGAAGGUGGCAGAAGCUCUUUCAAGGGACUCUAUACAGUUACAUGGGAUAGCACUCACUGGUUGGCAGAGAUAUGAUCAUUUCUCCGUUUUGUGUGAGCUACUUCCUGUGGGACUUCCAUCCUUGGCUGUUUGUCUGCAAACUCUGAAAAAUGGUGUGUUCUCUGAAAAGGAAGAGGACUUUGUGAAAAAAUGUCUUGGAUUCAAAACGUUGAGAGUUAACUUCAUAAGGUAACUGGCCA